UGCAUACAAAAACGUGAAUAACUUGAAACCAAUGGAUGAAGCUAUAUUGAACUGCUUAAACCUAGAGGCAUGUCUAAAAUCAAGGCACUCAGUUGCUCCAGUUCAAGAUCUGCAAUAUAUUGAUAUCUCAGCAUCACAAGGAACAUGGCCAGGUUAUGUUCAACCAUUUAUCUCUGCUUCAUAUAUUGAUGAAACAAUGUAUGAUUCCCAAAUCUAUGCUGAUCCAGUGCCAGAAGCAAGAGAAAUACCACAAAACAUUCUUGUGGAUGAUGAAUUUUCCUUAGGAAUGUACAUAGAAGGGGAUAAUUGGCACUUCAAUGGAUCACAUUUUCCACAUAUGCAAUGUGGUUAUCCAACACAGAAUGAGAAUUCAGAAAAUGGCUUUUACUUUGGUUCUUGUGAUGGAGCAGCAUUUAGCAGCCAUAACACUUUGCUGAAUCAUGCUAUGGAUAUAUCAAGAAGUGGGAAACCAAAAGUAGAGUGGUGCAAGAUUCGAGCUGCGAUCAAAUGGGUCAUAUCAGUGAGAAAAGAUGCAGCUGCUAGGAAGAAUGCAAUGUUGGUUUAACUAGAACUAUUGGAAUUUAGAAGCCUGUUUUAUAUGCUUUGUUUGUUACUAGGUAGAAUGUGAAUAUUUUGUGACGGAGUAGUUCUCCGUCGCAAAAAUGUUCUCUCUCCUACAUUAUUUAAGGUGCAGUUCAUGUUUCAGAACCCUAAACUUUCUCUAGCUCUGUAAAACUAAACCAUGAAUGAAGAAACAACCAUUGAAACAGUGCACCAAAUGACCAAUUUUUUAGCGCCCUCGUUCUUUCUGAAAUGGGUUUUCCUGGAAGCUUCUGAAGAAGAAAAUUACAACACGGACCCUGAGCGUCAUCGUGAUUUACUCACUCUCCCGUCGCACUUCACUCGGUUCUACUCGUUCAUUUAACGCGUGAUGGCACUGAAGAGGACAUCUCAGGACAAGGGUCCGGUUGAUGAUGAUGACAGGGAUCUUCUGGUUCCUGGUAAGCGGAGAAGGGCCAACCCAGAACCAGAAGACGCCAGUCGGCACCUUUCGUUUCUUACUGGUGCCAGAAAUGCCAUGAAUGACAUUGCUUUCUACUUGGAACCUAUUCUUCAAAAAGUGAUACAAGAGAUGAUUCCACCUAUGCUCCAGAGAUACGUGUCCCCGUGUUCUUGUGCAUUGACCCUUAACCAGAAAGCUGGCACAUCUGGAGGGAGAGCUUUGCAAUUCUGUUUUGUGAAUCAAUUGCCUGAAACAAUUUUCACACAGUGCGAUAUCAAAGCUGAGGGAGGUCUUGCACUUCAAAUUGAGCUCCGUGAUGCUGCAAACCAGCAAAGCGUAGUCAAGGAUGAAGGUUCCUCCAUGAGGAUCAGGAUCUGUGUCCUGGAUGGUGACUUUGGAAGUGAGGAUUGGACUGCGGAGGAAUUCAAUGCCCAAAUUUUGAGUCCGAGAGAGAGAAAAGGACCGUUACUUGUUGGAGACACGGUGAUUACAUUGAAAAAUGGAGUUGGUUACAUCAGUAAGAAGAUGGUGUUUACUGAUAACUCCAGUGGAACAAGAAGCGGAAAGUUCCGGUUAGGAGUUAAAAUAGUGCAAUCUAAUUCCUCUAGAACAGACAUCAGAGAAGGGAGGAGUGAACCCUUUAGGGUCUUGGAUUACAGAGGAAAAGCUAACAUGAAAUAUGACCGUCCAUCAUUGAAUGCCGAGGUAUGGCGUCUGAAGAAGAUAACCAAAAAUGGUGAACCUUGCAAGCAGCUGUCCUCAAAUGGAAUAAAAACUGUUAAGGAUUUUCUGCGGUUGUACAUAACCGAUCAAGCUUCAUUAAGAGAGAAAAUAGGCAAGAUCCCAGAGAAGCAUUGGAAUACAAUUAUUGAACAUGCUAAAAAUUCUGAUAAAGAUGAUGAUGAGCGCUACAUUUAUUCUGCAACUGAACAAUCAAUGUCCCUUGUCCUUAAUUGUGUGUAUGAGGUUGUGGAGGUGACUUUUGAUGGACAAAAUUAUCGCCCUGUGCAAUCUCUGAAUUUGGAAGAGAAGCGUUUGGUGGAAAGAGCUAAAAAGCAAGCUUACAACAAUUUGAAGAAUCUGAUGCCAGUUGGAACAACAAAACAUGGCUCGGUGGAGACAUCGGCAGGUGUACAAACUGCACAAUAUGGUGGUCCAGGUCAUGGUCUGCAACAGUUUGAGGUUCCAAUUGCUCAGCAAGGCCAAAUAGAAACAUGGUCUUUAGGUACAACAUCACAGAGAGACCUGGUAGGUUCUAAUCAGUUGGAAGCACUGGGAGAAACACCACCAUAUUGUUCUGCAGGUGGACAAUUGAUCUCUGGAGCAUAUACUGAUGAUAGAAACAGAUCCCCCUUUGGUGAACCACACAUGGAUCAAUUUAUUGAUUGCUUUCUCCUUGACCAUUGGGAGCAAGUAAAUCCUAACUACUCUUCAGCUUAUGGUAGUGUAGGAUCUAGCAAUUAUCAACCUUUCUCCAGUAAUGGCUAUCUGCCAAGAAAUGGGUAUAUGCCAAGCAGAGGGAAGCGCAAGCAAAUUUGGCAGAAGAUUCGAAAUGCUUUCAAAUGUGUCGUACUGCAUGUAGCUAAAAGAAAGGCACAAGUUUUCCACCAUCAACAUUAAGUGCUUUUAUAAUUUGGUUGCUGGUCAGGGUUUUAAGUUGUUUGGUUGUAAAAAUAAGUUUCAUUUCAUUUAACUGAGUUUUUAGUUAAUAUUGAUUGUUUGGCUUUUAGUUCAAGUUAAACACCGCCAUCAAGAUUGCGUUUUGGGUGUAUUCAAGGAGGAUCUAUUUAUGAAAAAUACAUACAUUGCUCCA